AUGAAAAUUAUAUUAGUACUCAUAAUUACAUCAUUAGUGUUUGUCAGGUGCACAGAUUAAACUAGCUUUUUUGCUGAGUUGAUGGGAGAAGAUCUACCUUAUUACACAGAAACUGAUUAUGUAAAAUUUAAGGAUGUUGGAUCGAUAUAUUAUCAUUUGAUAUUAAAAGAAGGAACAGCAAAUCUUGAAGCAAUACAGAAAGGAGAUGUUUUGGCUGUUUGGUUGAAUGGAGGUCCAGGAUCAUCCAGUUAACUUGGUAACUAUAUGGAAAUUGGUCCAUGGGUCAUAACGAAAAACCCAGAUACAGCAGCAAAAGACAAGCCCUACAUAGUGAAAAAGAGAGAAUAUUCUUGGAAUAAGGUGAUGCACUUACUCUUCAUUGAUUAGCCAUUUGGUGCUGGUAUGAGUAAAGCUGAUAAAGAAAAUGUUGUCACCAAUAGUGAUUAGGCUGCUAAUUACUUUGUGGAAACACUUAAGUCGAUCUAUACGAGAUUGAAUGGCUUAGAUUUGGUGAAUACUUAUAUUUUUGGGGAGAGUUAUGCAGGUCAUUACAUACCAGCAUUUGCUACAAGAUUACUAUAGGAUAAGGAAACCUUAGAUAAGGUCAAUUUCAAAGGAAUUGCAAUUAUCGAUGGAAUAACUGAUACUGAAAAUCAAUUGAAUUAUUAUCAUAGUUACUUAUACAGCAUUGGAGCCAUUUCUUAAUUGGAUUUGAAUAGAUUGUAGAAGAUUGGGGCAGUUGGAUAAUCAUAUAUUAGGAAUGGAGAAUAUGCCAAAGGAGCAGAACAAUUAGAUCUUAUGACAGAUGAUAAAUUUAUAGAAUAGAUUGGUAACAUUAAUGUUUACAAUAUUCGAAAAUACAAAGGAUCUGAUGAGUAUGAUUAUUCUUGGGCGGAUUUCUUAAAUAACUAUAUCAAACAAUUCUCAUCAGAAAUAACAAAAUUUUAGAGGUCUAAUGAGAAGAUUUAUAACGCCUUCCAAAAAGAUAUUGGUGAAAGUAGACUAAAGGACAUUUAACUGUUAUUAGAGAGAUAAUAUAAGGUGUUAUUGUUAAAUGGAUAGCUAGAUUACAUAAUUAAUACACCAGGAGCAUGGAAUUGGAUUUACUAGAUUGAUUGGAAAUACAAGUAUUAAUGGAAAAAUGCUAAAAAACAAUUUAUUACUUCCCCAAUUUAAGGAGAAGAAAACAAGGUUGAAACUCAUGGCUACAUCAAGACUUUUGAGAACUUUUCAUAUGCUACAAUCUACAAGGCAGGUCAUAUGAUACCCACUGAUAACCCUAAGGCAGCAUAUUAAGUCAUUGAGAAUUUUAUAAAGUGA